AGGAGUGGUGGGCGAAGAGACCGCGAGAGAGGCCUUUCUCACUUUGGUUUCACAACCACGGCCCCCUGAUCUCUGUCUACUUUCUCUCUCUAGAACGACGACGGUGGUGACACCGGAGGUGGAACCUAGAGUUUCGGAGGAGAUCUGUGGAACAAUCAUGGCAACCUCGACGAGCGGAUAUCGCAGCUGAUGCAGUGCAACCCUUUGUUGGAGCAGGAGAUAUAUAGCUCUCUCUCUCUCUAUCUGUCAAGGAGAUCUGACAACAGGAGCUUAGAGCUCAAAACACUUUCCAAAAAAUGCACUAUUCCUAUCACAACACUAAUUCAUAGGUUUCACAUUGUUUGCAUUCGCGAUUCAUUGUCGUCGGAAUUGGAUCUAGAGGUUCGUUUUGCUCUGUUUGGAUGCUGAGAAUCCGGAAAAGUAAAAGUAUUGUAACAUCUGGUGAGGCGAUUGGCUUGAGAUGGGAACUUUUGAUGGAUUGCCUAUUUCUCCUGAGAAAUCUUAUCUAAGGGAAGACCUUUCAAGAAUAGAUGAGAGUUGGGCUGCUACACGUUUUGAUUCACUACCUCAUGUUGUCCAUAUUUUGACAUCCAAAGAUCGUGAAGGUGAAGCCCAGUUUUUGAAGGAGCAAAGUGACAUUAUUGAGGAAGUUGUGGAUGAAGUAGUGCAUGCAUAUCAUAGUGGAUUCAACAAAGCAAUCCAAAAUUAUUCUCAGAUCUUGCGAUUGUUCAGUGAAUCAGCUGCAAGUAUUUCUGUAUUAAAGGUUGAUUUGGCUGAUGCAAAGAAGCUUCUUGGUGCCCGCAAUAAGCAACUGCACCAGUUAUGGUAUCGGUCAGUUACACUGCGGCACAUAAUUGCCUUGUUAGAUCAAGUUGAGGGUAUAGCGAAGGUUCCAGCUCGUAUUGAGAAGCUCAUUGCUGAAAAGCAGUUUUAUGCUGCAGUUCAAUUGCAUGCACAGUCAACAUUGAUGCUGGAGAGAGAGGGCCUUCAAACGGUUGGUGCUCUUCAAGAUGUUCGAUCUGAGUUAACAAAGUUACGGGGAAUUAUCUUUUAUAAAAUUUUGGAGGAUUUGCAUGCUCAUCUUUACAACAAGGGCGAAUACAGCUCUGCUGCCUCAAGCAUACAUGAAAGGGAUGAUGAAGUGCCAACAACUACUGCUGUUGCUUUUUCAAUGAACAGUUCACAACCUUUGUCUCGUAGAACCAGGUUAUUGAAAGGUGACAAUCAAUUUGGCGUUCUUGGACUUGGAGAUGGUUAUAGGCCAGGAUCUAUUGAUGGAGGUUCAUCAUUUGAUGGCCAUGAUGAGGAGGGUGCUCUAGAGCUACAUGAUGAAGCUACCUUGGAUGGGUAUAAUGCAACAACAAAGGUCAAUGGUGGUGAUGGUAGCCAAAAGGAUAUUAAAGUUGUUUCUCAUCAAAUUCCACCAUGGCUUUCAUAUGCCACUCCAGAUGAAUUUCUUGAAUCAAUGAAAAAGAGUGAUGCUCCACUCCAUGUGAAGUAUCUACAGACCAUGGUUGAGUGCUUGUGCAUGCUUGGUAAAGUUGCAGCUGCUGGUGCUAUGAUAUGCCAAAGAUUGCGACCUACAAUUCAUGAGAUCAUCACAUCCAAAAUUAAAGCUCAUGCAGAACUUGUUAAUUCUACAAGAUCUGGCAUUUGUCGGGCUGCCCAUACUGCAACUACUGGUUUACAUUAUUUGAAGGGACAAUUAGAAAGCUAUCAGUCACCAAAACAGAAACGUCAGAAUGGGAUCUCACUGGCUGGAACCUUGUUGGCGGUUAGCCCAGUUUCUCCUGUGAUGGCUCCAGCAGGGACAGCACAGACUGCUGCUAAAGAACUUCUUGAUUCAAUUUUGGACAUUGUUGUUCGGAUAUUUGAGAACCAUGUUGUUGUUGGAGAGCUUUUGGAAUCAAAAGGCACCCAAGUUGAUAUGAACACACCCAAGUCAGUGACUGUAGAAGUAAACUGGAACCAUGAUUCUGAAGCAUCUCAAGUAACUGGAGGCUAUAGUAUUGGCUUUUCUUUGACAGUUUUACAGAGUGAAUGCCAACAACUCAUAUGUGAGAUUCUGCGGGCAACUCCGGAAGCUGCAUCUGCAGAUGCUACUGUCCAAACAGCUAGACUUGCAAGCAAGGCUCCUUCCAAAGAAAAGAGGGAUAGGUCAGAAGAUGGUCUUACCUUUGCUUUUCGCUUCACGGAUGCCACUAUAUCAGUUCCCAACCAAGGAGUUGACCUUAUCCGGCAAGGAUGGACCAGGAGGGGUCCUAAUGUAUUACAAGAAGGUUAUGGUUCUGCAGCUAUCUUACCUGAGCAAGGCAUUUAUCUUGCAGCGUCUAUAUACCGUCCUGUUAUUCAGUUUACAGAUAAGAUUGCCUCAAUGCUGCCAAAAAAGUAUUCACAGCUUGGGAAUGAUGGCUUGCUAGCUUUUGUGGAGAACUUUGUGAAGGACCACUUUUUACCAACGAUGUUUGUAGAUUACCGAAAAGGCGUACAGCAAGCUAUAUCAAGUCCGGCUGCAUUUCGGCCACGGUCACAUGCUGCUUCUACUUAUAGUCCAUUGGUUGAGAAGGGUCGGCCUGUCUUACAAGGACUUUUGGCUAUAGAUUUCUUGGCAAAAGAGGUGCUUGGUUGGGCUCAAGCAAUGCCUAAAUUUGCUGGUGACCUUGUGAAGUAUGUGCAGACUUUCCUUGAACGAACCUAUGAAAGAUGUCGGACAUCCUACAUGGAGGCAGUUCUUGAGAAGCAGAGUUAUAUGCUAAUUGGGAGGCAUGAUAUUGAGAAAUUGAUGCGAUGUGAUCCAGCUAGUGCAUGUUUACCAAAUCCAUUUGGUCAACCAAAUAUGGAAAGCAAUGCCUCUGAUGUUGAUGUUGAGGUUGAAAUGGAACUAUGUGAUUUGCUGUUGAGUUUGCGGCCGAUAAAGCAGGAGAAUCUAAUUCGUGAUGAUAACAAACUUAUUUUGCUGGCUUCUCUUAGUGAUUCAUUGGAGUAUGUUGCAGACUCAAUUGAAAGGCUUGGGAAUGCAUCCAUUAGAGCAUCUAAUCCAGUAGAAGAAAAUGGCAAGCAGAAAAUGCACCAUCAUACUCGAACAAGCAGUGCACCUCCUAGGAAUCUGGCAUCAUUUGCUGAUGAGUACAGGAAACUGGCAAUUGAUUGCCUUAAGGUUUUACGUGUAGAGAUGCAAUUGGAGACAAUUUUCCAUAUGCAGGAAAUGACCAGCAGGGAAUACUUGGAUGACCAAGAUGCUGAAGAACCAGAUGAUUUUAUUAUUUCACUCACUGCACAGAUAACACGGAGGGAUGAGGAAAUGGCUCCUUUUGUCGCUGGAGUGAAACGGAAUUAUAUAUUUGGCGGGAUAUGUAGUAUUGCAGCGAAUGCAUCAAUGAAGGCUUUGGCUGACAUGAAAUCCAUCAACCUUUUUGGGGUUCAGCAGAUAUGUCGGAAUUCAAUUGCAUUGGAACAGGCCCUGGCAGCUAUCCCCUCGAUUGACAGUGAAACUGUACAACAGAGAUUGGAUCGCAUUCGCACUUACUAUGAACUUCUAAACAUGCCAUUCGAGGCCCUUCUUGCCUUCAUCACGGAGCAUGAGAAUCUAUUUACAGCCACAGAGUACACAAAUCUUCUAAAGGUCCAGGUCCCAGGAAGGGAGAUCCCUGCAGAUGCACGAGAGCGGGUAUCAGAGAUUUUAUCCCGUUAGCUUUCUGAAAUGUUAUUUAGCGGAAAUGUAUAGGAUUACUUUAUUCCAGAGGUGGUGCUUGCAUGUGUAUAGAAACUUGUUUGUUCCUCUAUGAAGUUCAUUUCCAGUGGAUGCAGAAGCCACUUCCAUGGAAGUUGCUACCUGGUUGUGCCACCUAUGUUGUGGUAAAUUUUUGUCAGUUUACUCUUCCAAGCGUGAUACUGUUACUUUUGUAAUUAUAAUUUUUUUUUCCAACUACGUAGGGGUUCAUUAUAAUUUAUUUGUGUGUAGUGUAAAAUAUAUUUGUGUUGUGUUUUUAGUGUACUCUCUCUAAGAUCUGCUGUUGUAGGUUUACCAUGUUUGUUUGUUUACAUGUACAACAUUCAUUUUAAUCAUCGGAAAAUUUCCUUUUCCUUAUAGAAUUGGAAGAAAAUAAUUUGACUUAUAUGUAAUGGCAGUGUAAUUUUGUCGCCA